CACCAAAUGGAAUAUAGCAGCAUCUCUCGAGAGGAGCAGAGUUUGUUCAAGGGUAUUUCACUUCCGUUAAUAUUUAUGGUCGCUGUUUGGAAUGUAUCCAGCUUAAUGUAUUGUGUCAUUUAAGAAAAGGGAGAAUGUUUGGAUAAAGCCGCUUCAUUAUGGCCACGUAAAUCCGGUUAUCGGAAUAAUACGGAGCUUUGUAUAAUGCUAAUUGUGUAAUUAAUGAGCGCAGUGUGGUUCCCUCAUGCUUGCGGACCUCCCGUCAAUGCUUGCAGGCCAAUUAGGCUGGCUAGACUGCUGAGAGCUACAUCCAAACUCCCAUUCUCACCAGCUCUCUGCCAACAAGAAGGUCUACCAGCGCCUCGGACAAGCUACCAACGCAACCAACACCGUGGGAAAUCAAGAAAGACUCCAAAAUAUUACUUUGAACGACAGAAGGGUUCAAGUACGAUCACAUAGCUUUCGUUUGCCACCUUCCAACAGGAGAAGCAUGUAGAGGAUUUUAUCCGACCUUAAUUAAUUUGUGCACGACGACUUAUAGGGUAAAAGUGCGAAAAUAUGCAGUAGACCCCAGUUACCGUGUGCGUGUAUUUGUAUUGAAUAGCUAAUAAACUGUUAAGUAAGUUGCGGUAGAUCGGUUAACGACAAACUCCAGCUAAAAAUGGAUGUCUCGAAAGUCUUGAUCUUGACUUUGAUAUGGCUGUUGACAGCAGACUCGGCUCCGCCGGAUUAUGUGACGCUGACCAGAAAAAUGGAGAGCAAGAUUCUACGGGUUAUGGGUCUAAGCGAACGGCCGCGACCCAAGCCUAACGCUACGGCACCCCAAUACAUGUGGGACCUCUACAGGCAACAAAUGGCAGCGACUGAAGGAGCAGCAGCCAGCCGAGGAGGGGAGACUGAAAUUGGGAAAGAGGAGGAGGAGGAUGGAAGACCGUGCUCAGAGACCAAACUCAGUAGUAACAUCAUCAGGAGUGUUUCAAACACAGGUGGUGAUCUCCGAGCCAGCAACUCGACAAGCCUUCAACAAAUCCUCCUCUUCGACGUCGCUUCUAUUCCCCACGCCGAGACCAUCGAGGCUGCCGACCUCAGACUCGAAAUACCAGCUCUACCAUCAGCCACAGACGUCCCUUCACUAGCAGUGAGAAUAUACCAGUUAGAAAGUCGGACUAGACUAAACUCAAUCGUUUCAUUGAAAGACAAACGCCUUAGAUUGCUCGAUGUUGUGUUAGCAGACUUGUCCCAAGGCUAUGCUGGGACGAUCGAUAUAGUAAGCACGGUGAAUUCAUGGCGAUCGAAGAAAACAUCAAACCACGGUCUGUUGCUCCACGUGGAGUUGAUGUCAACUUCAGGUAACAACCGACGUGGCAGUCAAGUCAUCAAAGAGCUUGGAGCGAUAAGCAAAAAAUGUACAGCGAAUCUGAUUGUGACGUCUUCAGAGUAUCGGCAGUGCAGCAAACGAAAUCGACGGAACAAGCGACAAGCUGAAAGCGAAGCUCCUGCCGACAUUAGCUCAUUCCCGACUGCGUCGCUCACCAACCUUUGCCAACGACAUCGUCUCUUCGUGAGCUUCCGCGACGUCGGGUGGGAGAACUGGAUCAUCGCUCCGAUGGGCUACCAGGCAUAUUACUGCGAUGGCGAGUGCCCUUUCCCACUUGGUGAGCGACUGAAUGGUACAAAUCACGCCAUCAUACAGACACUCGUCAACUCGAUCGACAACCGAGCGGUUCCUAAAGUCUGCUGUGCUCCCACGAAGCUCUCCGGUAUCUCCAUGUUAUAUUUUGAUAAUAAUGAGAAUGUGGUGCUUAGACAGUAUGAGGAUAUGGUCGUGGAAGCUUGUGGAUGCCGAUGAAAGAAAGUCAUUUUGUUAUAUCCAUUUAAAAGUUUGAUUUUCCCCCAUCAAAUGAAAGGUCGAAGUCUUACAUAGUAUGCCAAGCACAUCAUGAAAUGUUGCGAACAAACAUGGCAUACGAAGAAGACACGGUCUGAAGUCAAAAGUGACUUCACAUUGGUUGCUGAAAUAGGAAAAGAGAUACUAUCUAGGGGUUGCUCUAAGACUAAUGUUGUGGCCAUUGAUAUAAAGAGUUUUGAGGCAGAUCUUUUCGUGAAAGGUUUUGAACCUCACAAUUGCGACAAGAGUAUUAUGUAUCAAUCUCUUAAUAAUAUGAAAGUAAAGCAAUAGCGGAAGGGCUUCGACCCCUGUUCGGAUAAGUUAUAGUCAUUUUGGGAAGUGCCACUAAUCAAGAUCGCUUUCUUCUAAGUUUGAUCACUGAGGUUCCAGUUUAACGAAUGACUAUCAAGUUACCUUGACGAUAACCAACAUGGAAAGUCAAGAAAACACAACAUUCCUUAUUUUAUGCUACCAUCAUCAUAAUCUUGAGUUCUUAUUCUCUCGCUUAGAGAGUGAAGAAACCAAUACUUGAUGACAAUCUUUUUCUUUUUUACAGGAUGAGAAUGACGUUAAAUAUUGACAAAGAAAACAGAAUGAAAAGGGGAAUUGGGUUUUAAAUAAUCGCUUACACCAUCAUUAUUGUGCAGAAAUAUUUCUAGCAUCAAACAUUGUUAUAUUGAGAAGAUGGUUCCCAUUUUGCGUUAUGAAUGUCAGUAUCUGGAUAACAAGGUAUCCUUUCAACACGUGUUCAGUUGGCGAGUAUUGCUGUCAAAGAUCGUAUCUUGUAAAUCCCUCGUCAAAACUUCAUCUUGAGUUGUCUCGAGUUGCCGAUUUCAUAAGCUUUGAUGCAAACACAAUGUUUCCCUUCAGCACCAAAACAGCAUUUUCUGAUAAUAUUCUAUACAAAAAACCGGUAAAAACCUAUUGAUUUCACUACACUGAUUUUAUUUUCUAAGGUUCACGACGGAAACCAAGCAAUCAACCAGUUUUGUAAUGUGCAUAUGAUACUAUGGCUCUACAAUUGUUAAUAUGAAUUUAAAUAUAAAAGAACUAAUACAGCUUUUGGUGUAUUCACUGCCUUCAUUACUGAACAUAUUUUCAUAUAUGAAUUUAAAUAUAAAAGAACUAAUAUAACUUUUGAUGCAUUCACUACCAUUUUAAAGAGAUUUAAGAUACAAAACAAACUUCAUGUUUCAAGCAAACAACGAUUGCUACGUUCGAAUUUCAACACAUCACACAAAAUGGGGGCUAAGCUUUUGACGUUGUAUAGAUAGAGCCCGACCCCGCCACUUAGUGUUAUUUGGGGUACGCGUAUGCAUGUUCCCUCUUUUUUUUAAAGCACCCCCUAUCUCCGGUGUGAAAGUGAAUGUCGGGCCGGACUUUAUCGCGCAAAAAAAAGAGGGGGGGGGGGCUGUCCAUACAUAAUCAUUGGACAUCACGCUAAAAUGGCAAUACGACAACAUGAGGACUGUGUUUGGGUACGUUAGUCUGGUUCCAGUGCUAUUUUCCCAAUUAUCUUAGCUUUGAAUCAUAAAAAUAUGAAGAUGUAGGCUACACGACAAAGUAUACAGAUCUACGAAAGCAGACCCAUCAGUAGUCAUUGAAAUUCAGAUCAUGAUAAUGUUGAUAUUAAACAAAACUGCGACGAAUGCUUUUUUGAAUCGAUUAAUGUACUUGAGUAGGCCAAUAUUGAAAAAAUAUUCUUGAAAUUAAAAAAGCAAUAUUUUGAAAAAUGGUCGACUAUCCUUUUAAUCUAAUGAAUCUUCAAGCUAAUUGAUAAUGCUGUUUUAUAUGUAAAUAGUGCAUUGUGCUGUGUAUAUUUAAAUAUCAUUUUAUAUUUGCCAAUAAUUAUAAUGUGACCAUUUAAAUUCAAAGUAGUCGUUUUCGCUGUUUUCGCUUUCUUGAAAUAAACUUGAUCUAUAUUUAUAUCACUAA